AUCACACAAAUAAAAAAUAAAAAUAAAAAGCCAUUCGAGGCUGAGAAAAUGACAACUCUGCGUUUGUUGCAGCUUGCUCGUUCCUCCAAACUCAUACUCAUACUCACACUCACACUCACUCCAAACACAAACACUGUUUCUUUCAUUACACAUCCACAGUGAUUACCACUGAUACUAAUAACUCAAGAAAAACCCUAAAUUAGGGUUCCUCUUCCUCUUCCUCUUGAUCUUGCUGAACCUCUACAUUACUUAGUAGUUAGCUGCACCUACAGUAUCCUAAUUGGUUAUUAUUAGUCUUCCCCACACAUUUUGGAAGGAACGCAACGCAACGCAACGCAACGCAAUGGGGUUUUGUUGAAUGAAGGAAACGAUGCUGGUUUGGGGUUCGUUAAUCUGACCCAAGCAAAUGGUGGGUGUGGGUGUGGGCAAGGGGUGGAGGUUCAGUUUGUUUUCGACGAACGUGGCUCUGUUAUCGCGACCUAACAAACAUUUUUGUUGGAGAUCGACGACGCCGUUUCAGCAGAGGAAGCCGAUCUCUUGGUCGGUGGUUUGCGGGUUAAUGCUUUUCGGGUUGGGUUUGAUUUCGCUUUUGACGGGUCACAUGGCUUCUAAUCUUGAAUGGUACUCCAACCGAUUGGUCCAUCGCACUUUCUACUCCAGACUGGAUGGGAAUUAUCGUGCGCCAAUCGAUGUUUGGAAAUCACAAUAUUCUAAAUACUACUAUGGAUGCAGUGAAAGGGGACGCCAUUUUGCUCCUGCUGUGCGCGAACGAAUGUCAAAUGGCUACUUGCUUAUUGCAACUAGCGGAGGACUGAACCAACAAAGAACUGGGAUAACAGAUGCUGUCGUUGUUGCACGAAUUCUUAAUGCUACACUAGUUGUACCUGAGUUGGAUCAUCAUUCUUACUGGAAGGAUGACAGUGACUUCAUCAAUAUUUUCGAUGUUGAUUGGUUCAUUUCUUAUCUUGCAAAAGAUGUUACUAUUGUCAAAAGAGUUCCUAAUAAGGUCAUGCGGUCAAUGGAGAAACCCCCAUAUACAAUGCGUGUCCCAAGGAAAUCAGACCCUGAUUAUUAUCUUGAUCAAGUUUUGCCAAUACUUUUGAGACGACAGGUUGUGCAAUUGACGAAGUUUGACUAUAGACUUGCGAGUAACCUUGAUGAUGAGCUACAAAAACUGCGUUGCCGUGUUAAUUAUCAUGCUUUGAUAUUUACAAAACCUAUACAAGAACUUGGUCAAAGACUUGUUAUGAGAAUGCAAAAGAUGGCACACCGUUUUAUAGCAGUCCAUUUGAGGUUUGAACCAGAUAUGCUAGCAUUUUCAGGUUGUUAUUUUGGUGGGGGGGCAAAAGAAAGACGUGAGCUUGGUGAAAUCAGAAAAAGGUGGACAACAUUACCUGAUUUGAGCGCGGAUGGAGAGCGGAAGCGAGGAAAAUGCCCACUUACUCCUCAUGAAGUGGGUUUGAUGCUGCGGGCACUUGGUUUUGCAAAUAACACAUACCUCUAUGUUGCAUCAGGAGAAAUAUAUGGUGGGGAAGAGACUAUGCAGCCUCUCAAAGAUCUUUUCCCUAACAUAUAUACAAAAGAGAUGCUUGCUGAUGAAGAGCUGAAACCUUUCCUUCCAUUCUCUUCCCGCCUUGCUGCUAUUGACUACGUUGUUUGUGAUGAAAGCGAUGUGUUUGUCACUAACAACAAUGGUAACAUGGCAAAGAUUAUUGCAGGUCGAAGGAGAUAUAUGGGUCACAAAAGAACCAUCAGACCAAAUGCAAAGAAGCUUAGCACGCUAUUCAUGGGAAGGCAUGAGAUGGAGUGGGAUACCUUCGCCAGAAAGGUUAAGGCAUGCCAGAGAGGAUUCAUGGGAGAGCCAGAUGAGAUGAGACCUGGACGUGGUGAAUUUCAUGAAUACCCCUACUCUUGCGUGUGUGAGAGACCAUAUCUCGAUGAACUCAGCAAAGAUGUAUACCGUUCCCCUAGACACGUUGCAAUAAACCUGACUGCAAAAGCUUAAUCCACAUCGAAUGGAAGGCCAAGCACAUGAUAAAGUUAGUUACUUUUGACCAGGGAGGUUAUUGGGUUGAAAAAAAAAAUAUCAAUUAAGAGUUGUCACCCACUCUGUUAAUGCCAUCGGAAUGUCAAUUGAAAAUUGACAUGCUACUGGAAUGCCUCCAUUCAUCAGGGGGGUCCAGUUCAUUGGUGGGUGACUCAGUUAAGAUCAAGACAUUAACGUGUUGCAAAAUGUUAAUAUAUAUAUAUGCUUACAGUAGAUUGCAUUUAGGUAGUGUUUGGUUCGGCAGAAAAAAAAAUUUAUUAGAAAAAUGUAAUUGAUAGGAAAAACAAAGGAAAGUAAA